AGAAGCUUAGUAAAGUUGAGGAUUGUGUAAAGGACAUUAGACAUUGGAUGUUAACUAAUUUCCCUCUACUUAAUUCUGAUAAAACAGAAGUAUUUUUGUUAGGCCCACGUGUAGCUAGAAGUAAUCUUUCUGAUUACAUGGUUACUCUGGAUGGUCUUUCUGUUUCAUCAAGUACAGCAGUUAAAGACCUUGGAGUGAUUAUUGACUCCAGUCUAUCAUUUGAUGCUCAUGUAGAUAAUAUUACUAGGAUAGCCUUCUUUCAUCUCAGAAAUAUUUCUAAAAUAAGAAACAUAUUGUCACUACAUGAUGCGGAAAUACUAGUUCAUGCAUUCGUCACCUCUAGAUUAGAUUACUGUAAUGCCUUACUGUCUGGAUGUUCCAUUAGGAAUAUAAAUAAGCUCCAGUUAGUCCAAAAUGCAGCUGCUAGAGUCCUAACUAGAACUAGAAGAUACGACCAUAUCACACCGAUAUUAUCAAUACUGCAUUGGCUCCCAUUAAAAUCUCGCAUUAACUAUAAAAUACUUUUAUUAACCUAUAAAGCACUAAACGGUCUUGCGCCACAAUAUCUAAGCGACCUUUUGGUUUUAUAUGAUCCGCCACGCCUACUUAGAUCAAAAGAUGCAGGCUAUUUGACGGUACCUCGAAUAGUGAAGGCUACAGCAGGGGGGAGAGCUUUCGCUUAUAGAGCCCCACGGUUAUGGAACAGUCUUCCUAUUAGUGUUCGGGACUCAGACACAGUCUCAGUGUUUAAGUCUAGGCUUAAAACGUAUUUGUUUACUCAAGCCUACCCUGACUAGAUUCUGUUCUACUUUCUCCCUCUCUCCUUUCGCCGAGCCCCACACGAAUUUAUGGAGAUACUAGAGAUCCAGAUCCUUUCUGCCUCUGGAUGGAGCUCAAAUCUUCUCUAAUUCCAGACUGCUGGGACUACGGCUGCUCCUAAGGCCAUACAGACUUCAUAUAAAUCCAUAAUGAACUUUUUCAUACUAACUAUUGUUACACAGAUGAGGAUGGGUUCCCUUCUGAGUCGGGUUCCUCUAAAGGUUUCUUCCUCUUAAAACAUCUUAGGGAGUUUUUCCUUGCCACCGUCGCCACUCAGUGGCUUGCUCAGUUGGGAUAAAUUCACACCUUUAAUAUCUGUAUACCAUGUUGAUAUUUCUGUAAAGCUGCUUUGAGACAAUGUCUAUUGUAAAAAGCGCUAUACAAAUAAAAUUGAAUUGAAUUGAACUUAA